ACCACAAAAAAACCACAAAAAAAAUAAAAGAGCAUCCGCAUUCAGAAUCGCUUCGAUCGUUGCUCUUUCCUUGGCUGCGAAAUAGAUUCUCUGGGGAAAUUACAUUCACUAAUUUAUCGGCGUAUGCACGAAUAAAUUCAAUACACACGUCUGUUAAUUUACACGUUGGGGGUGAUCAACUAGAGUUUGGGAUUAGGGUUUUUGAUUUUGAACAAUUUGGGGGGAAAUUCCGGUGGGUUAUUGUGGGUUUUGGGAGUAUUUUGCCGGGUUGAAGUUUGGGUUUUUUUGAAUUGGGGGAGUGAUUAUGUUGGAUUUUAGGAUACAGGCAGGGUUUGGGUUUGGGAAAUUUUGAGGGUUUUUUUUUGGGGGAGGUUUUAGGGUUAGUCUCAGGCUAUUUUUUCUUGGUAUUGGGGUUUGGGAAAGUGGUGCAGAGAUGACUCAAGAGCCUGAGCUGGAAGAAGGAGAGACUUGCUUCUACAAGGAUGAUAUAACCAUUGACCCUGACAUAGCUCUCUCUUACAUUGGAGACAAAGUUCAAAGUAUAUUGGGGCAUCUUCAGAAAGAUUUUGAAGGGGGAGUUUCUGCAGAAAAUCUGGGGUCAAAAUUUGGUGGUUAUGGCUCGUUUUUACCCACAUAUCAGCGCUCUUCUUCGAUUUGGUCGCACCCGAAAUCUCCACAGGGAGUUCAAAAUCACCACUUGCCGAAAUCUCCUAAUUUAUUUCCAGAGGGUCCUAGUAUGCACAUAUCACAAACUUCGAAAACAACAGUUGAUGGUUCUUCAAUCAGGCAAAAGGCAACUUUGUUGUCUGAAAAUGUUGCCGAGGCUUGUCCUGAAAAAGUAGAACUUCCUUCAAGUAAAUCUGGCAAUCCACUGAAGGUUCGCAUUAAAAUGGGACCCGAAAGGGUGGCAAAGUAUAAUGCGGAGAUAUACAAUUUGGGGCUUACAUCCCCGUCUUCGUCAGAGGGAUAUAGUCAUGAUGAAAGCGAUGGGUUAGUGUCAAGUCCUAAUGAAUCUCCUCGUAACAUUCUCGAGAUCAUGACAGCUGUCCCAGUUUGUGGUGGCUUGCUGCUUUCGCCUCUUUGUGAAGAUUUGCUCAACUUAGUUCAAGAAACAGGGUAUGAAGUAGAAAGAGAACACGAAACUGCACAGAGGAGUUCUGCCAUUUCUAUUAAGUUUCUGAAUAAUAGUGGGAACAAAACGAAGUUCGUUGAUAAAAGACAAAACCUUGACAAAUCAGAAGAUAAACGACUUACUGCGGGUCCCAGUUCUUGCAAGCAAAAAAGUUUGGACGGUAAAGCUCUGGAGUGCAAUGCGCGGCCUUUCAUUGACGCAAACUGCAGACCUAUAUCUGAUACAGUAAUGGAGUCGGAAAAUGAUGUUCAAGUGAAAAAGAGGAAAGGAAGCAAGGAUAAGGUGAAAGGCAGAGCAGUUUCUGGUGAUUCGGUUAAGUAUGCUUCUUUUGAACAUACUUUUGACCAAAGUUGUGGCAAGAUUGAGCAGUUGGAAUCGAAAUGCAGUUCUGUGGAGAAAACUGUGAAGCAUCGAGCAAAUACCACAAAGGAUGUUUCAGUCGAUCAUGGCCAAGGUAGCAGGAGCCUAGAUAAAGGAAAUUGUGCUUCAUUAAAAGCUUAUUCUGAUAACUCAGAAGGUGAAGGAGUUAAAAAAUCCAUGGUUCUGAAAUCUGGUUUGAAUUCUACUUCUGGUGAGCACAAUGGGUUCGGAAUUCCUCACACGGUAAAAGGGUUAUCUUUUGAAGGUGAAAAGAAGUCGAAAGGAAAUCAAAGUAUGGGAAAGUUAGCAUCUAAAACAGGUAAUGGUAAAAUUCGUGUAAUCCAGAAAGAUGUGGUGCAUACGAGUUUAGAGCGUAUGGAGAAUCCGAAGCAUUUAUCGGAGAGGCCUUCUGUUGCCAUGCCAAAGAAUUUUAAUCUCGACACUGUUAAGGUAAAAUCCGCACAUGUUGAUAAAUUGAAGGAGAGAUCGAGUAAUCAAAAUUACUUUGAGGCACAGAUAGCAGAGCCUAGAGAUGCCCCUGCCCCUGCCCCUACCCCCGCCCCUGCCCCUGCUCCUGCUCUUGACCCUGCUCUUGCCCCUGCCCCUGCCCCAGUUUUAAUAGAGGAAAAUUGGGUUGGAUGUGAUCGUUGUGAGAAGUGGCGGCUUCUGCCAAACGGUAGAAGUGCAGAUCAACUGCCUGAUAAGUGGGUCUGCAGCAUGCUAGACUGGCUUCCAGGAAUGAAUAGCUGCGACAUUAGUCAAGACGAUACUACAAAUGCUACGCAUGCUUUAUUUCUAGUUCAUGUCCCCGAUAAUCAACAUCACAAUCAAGGGCACGUUGAUGGAACAUUGCCUGGAGUAAUUCCAGCUAGUGCCCUUCAUUUCGAUCAGAACCACCACGACUUUGCUUCUGAUCAAAUGAACAAGAAGAAACUGAAAGCAAAACAGGAUAUAGUAAGCACGAGCGAUCCAGCUCGUAGUAUUAUUGGUAAAAAGCAGCUGCCCGUAAAAAACGGUAUCUCAAAGGAGGGUAAGGUAGCUCUUGCAGGUGUAAAUGCUGCAAAUAAAUCCGACUCGCAACUCGCGAAUAAGCCGUCAAUUGGUUUAGCAAAAUCUAAUAAACGGAAAGGCGAGCAUGUGAUUGGAGGAGAUGAUGCAAAUGUGAGGAAAAAAAUCAAGAAAGAAUCUGCUGUGCAUGAUGUACAUGGGAAUGCGAACCUAGGCAUGGUCGGCCAUAGUGGUUUGCCUAAUAAGGCUGCUGUGAAGGAUGUGAAGAAAAAGAGUGCACCUAAAGCAGAUCAAAUUACUGUGAAGAAACAUAAAGAUCAGAUACAGGGUUUACCAGACAAUAAGGCCUCGAGUAUAAAAACAUGCAAUGGUGGAGAAGUGGCUGUAAAGAAAAUCAAAUUGAAGGAUUACGGGUACAGUCAGCAUCAAGUAGAUAAAUUUUCGGUCCAAGAGGAUAGCAGGGAUGGUGAUUUUCACAGAGACAAGAAAUCUCGAGUGUCUAAGAUCGAAGAUGAGUUCAAAAGCAGCCCUUUUGGUGAAGCUAGAGUUCGAUCAUCAAUCGAUAAAGAACAGAAGUUAAAGAAACCGAGAGCGAAAACGCAGCUCACAAUCGAAGAUAUAGAUAAACUGAGGAAGGAUUUGGGGUGCGAACAGCUGUCAACAGCUGCCACUUCGAGCUCGUCUAAGGUUUCUGACUCGCGUAAAAACAGAGCUAGUUAUGUGAAGGUGAAAGGCUCGCCCGAAGAGUCAGUUUGUUCAUCUCCCACGAGAAUGCCUUAUCCGAAUCAGGUUUCGCAAGUGAUGGUGGACAAUAAUGCCCCUGUUGUAAUCAGCGUGAAGAAAUCACGGGCCAAGAACGAAAAUUCCCAGUUGGAUUCGAAGAAUAAAUUGAAAUCGAAAGAAGAGACAGAUGCUGGGGGUAAUAAUUGUGUACCUAAACAUCCUUUCUCUGAUGAAUCGAGCCUCAAAUCUGUGAAAAAUGGUAAAAUUGUUAGCCAGAGGGAUCUUGGUAAAUCGGGUAAUAGCAGAAUCGAAAAUCAGAAAUUAUCGAGAAAUUCUGAGCAAAAUUCUGGCCAGAUGAAGGUGCGCCUUGAACUGCGUCAGAACGAUAAAAAAGGUGCACUAUGUCCCGAAAAAAAUGCAUCGGGAUCCUUAAAAAGAUGUUCGCUAGAUUCAAGACCCGUCGCUCCUUCUGUAGUUGGUGUUACAUCAAAGGCUCUAAGGGACACUACUAUUGACUGCCUUCAAAAUGGGACCGAAAAUUUCAUCAAUAACGAGGCAGAGCAAUCUGUGGCUCUUAAGAAUGUCUCUGCAUCGACUAAUUUGAAAGAAGCCGAAGAUGUUUUGAAAGAAGCUGAGCAACUUAGAAGUCAUGCUGAUUUAAUUAAGAAUUCCGGAUUUGGUUCCGAAAGUAAUUACGAGUACUUCAAAGCUGCCCUGAAGUUUCUUCAUUGCGCUUCGCUUUUAGAGGCCUGUGACGGAUCUAGUAGCAAACACUUGGAAAUGAGUCCGAUGCAAAUGUAUGGUGCUGCCGCCCAACUUUGCAAAACAUGUGCCUAUGAGUAUGAAAAAAGCCACGAACUGGCUGCUGCUUCGUUGGCUUAUAAAUGCGUGGAGGUGGCUUACCUGAGAUUAGUUUAUUGCAAAAGCUCGACUGCGUCGAGACUUUGUCACGAUUUGCAAGCAAGUCUGCAGAUGGUUCCACAGGGCGAAUCUCCGUCGUCUUCUGCCUCUGAUGUUGAUAACUUAAACAAUUUAGCGAUCGUGGACAAGGCAACUUUGUCUAAAGGCAGUGGGCCCCACCCUGGAAAUCAUUUAAUAGUGCCUCGCAAUCGCCCCAACUUUGUUCGGCUUCUCGAUUUUACGAAAGACGUAAAUUAUGCAAUGGAAGCUGCCAAAAAAUCACACGACACGUUUGCAGCUGCUAAUCAAGAAAUCGAAAAGUCUCAAAACAAAGAAGCCAUUAUUUCCGUUAAGAAAGUUAUCGACUUCAGUUUCCAAAAUGUGGAGGAACUUGUUCGUUUAGUAUGGCUUGCUUUUAAUACCAUACAAGGUCUAAGUGGCAGUAGAGGUUAGUCAAACUGUACAUACUUAUUAUAUUUAUCACUUAGUUUAUUUUUCGCCUUUGCAAACGGGGCUCGAGAAGGAAGGCCUAUCGGAUAAAAAAGCACUCGUUGAAUACGGUGAAAGAGAAGAAGAGAAAUAACAGCUAAUUACAUUCCUGUACAUGUGUUCAAAAUGGUGGAUUCGAUUUUGCCAUUCUUGUAUCGGACAUAUUUUUUGAACGAGGGCAAAAUAUGCUCGAAAAAUCCGGUGCCGAUAUAGAAAGAAACGGGUUUUGUGCAUGUUGUAGCACGAGAUUCGGAGAUCGUGUAAGGGGGGGCAGUUUUGACAUUUGACUAUUUAUUAUAGGGAUAUAGAUUAGAAGAGAGUGCUAUAGAGAUUGAGAGGAGGGCUGAUUUUUGAUAUAGUUAAUUAUUAUUUAAUUACUAGUCCUUUCUUAUGUGGGACUUUGUAUUUUAUUUCAAAACUAUAUUCAUCAAUUAUUCUGUAUAUUUAUUUAGGGACCCAAAAUUUUGAAUGGAGAUGCCCUCUAUAGUGUUUUCCCUUUUCUAUUAGGGGCUUAUUAGUUA